AUGGACUUCAAAUCCCUGAUGUCGGCUCAAAUAGCCAAAUCAAAACCACCAGUUUCAAAGACUCCCUCAUCUCCCUCCCCAACUCCCGAUCCUCCCACCUCGACACCAGCAAGUAAAUACAUACGUCGCGCCGACCUUGAAGCCUCGCGACAAGCCGAGUACCUAGCCGAGCAGGCCAGACUCUCCGCUGAACGGGAGGAGCGGCUCUCCAAGAAACGGAAACUCGAGGAGGAGGAAGCCGAACGGAAUGCCCGCAGGGAGGAAAAGCUGCGGAAACUGGCGGAAGAGUCACGACGGAGGAGGGAAGAGGAGGAGAAGGAGGAGGAGAGGAGACGAAGGAAACGCCUCGGACUGGCUGAGGUGUCGGAUCAGGCGGUCCUCGAGGACGGGGGCGCAGAGGACAAUGCGGCUGCAGGCACAGGUCGAACACCCGCAGAGGACAUACCCGACGACGAGCUGCGACGGAAACUCCGCGAACUCAACGAACCAGCCGCUUUCUUCGACGAGGACCACUCUGCACGGUUGAAGCGCUUCUACGCACUCACGCGCACGGCGCUAGCGACGGCGUCUACGCCAAAGUUGAGCAACGGACCCAUCCCGACCACGUUGGAACCCGUCGAGGAGAAGGACAUGCUCCUCCCGACCACAUCCCUCCCUCUCCAGCCGGGGACACCGGAAUAUACCUUCCUCCACCGCCAGCUCGCGUCGUACUUUACCCUCCUCCUCACCGAGUGGUCGCGGGCGCUGUCGGAGCGGGACGAGUCGGUCAAGCAGUCCUCGAGCGGCAAGGCCGCGUACAACAACUACGUCGUCGUGCUGAGGGACCUGACGCCGCUGUUCCGGCACUUUGAGAAACAGACCCUCGACCGGGACCUGCUCGAGCCCAUCUGCAAGAUCGUGCGCUCGGCCCAGAAGCGGCGCUACGUCGAGGCCAACGACGAGUAUCUCACCCUCUCGAUCGGCAAGGCGGCCUGGCCCAUCGGGGUCACCAUGGUGGGUAUCCACGAACGGUCCGCGCGCGAGAAGUUGCACGAGAGCUCGAGCGGGAAGCAGGCCCACAUCAUGAGCGACGAGGUCACCCGCAAGUUUCUCCAGAGUAUCAAGCGGUGCAUCAGUUUCGCCCAGACGAGAUGGCCGCCCGACGACUUGGGCCAGUUGAUGGGAUGA